CCGUGGGGCUGUACAACUGCAAGAUCUGUAGCCAUCAUACUUCUCAUUCUACGGUCCAUGGCUAGCCUGAUAGAACGCAAGUCCUCAUCCUUCUUGGGUUCCCUGACCUGAUCCGAUUCCCACCCGCACCGCCGCCGCCGCCGCAAUGUCCUUCUCUCAGCCUUUCCACCCUGACCUGGUCAGGCACCGACCUCACCCCUAUAGCCAUGACCACCCUCCUCCCCACCGCCCCCGCCGCCGCGGCCGUGACCAUGACGACGCGUACCACACCCAUUCCCAACCGUACCCCCAGCCAUGUCCCCAUGCCAACACUGCCCCCUACCACCCCCGCCACGAUCCGCUCGCUCUCUCCCACCUCCAGGAACCUAUCUUUCCGGCCCCCUCUCAGCGGGCCCCGGGCACACCUCCGCCGAAGCGGGCUCGCCGCGCGCCAGAGCCCCGGUGUGAUCCGCCGGUCGCGGCCGUGCCACGCCUGUUGCCGACGAGACAUCCCAAGGAUGGUGACGCCAGGGCGUUGCUGUCGCGAGAGGAGAUCGAGCGAAGGUCACCUUCGUGGAAGGACGGCAUCGACUCCGCUUUGGAGGCAAGGUUGCGCGCGUCCUACUGCGCCUACCUGCGCUGCCUCGGCUUCCGCCUUGGGCUGCCGCAGACGACUGUUGCGACGGCAGUGGUGUAUUGCCAUCGGUUCUUUUUCCACAGAUCCCAUGCCUGCAACGACAGAUUUUUGGUUGCGACCGCGGCAUUGUUUCUGGCGUCAAAGACAGAGGAAACAACAUGCCUUUUGAAUACUAUUCUUAGGGCUUCAUGUGAAGUUUCUGAAAACCAAGAAUUCAAUCUCCUUCCUUACAUGUCGCGUGGUCAAAACUGGUUUGAACUGUACCGAGAAAGUGUAAUACAGGCGGAGCAGAUGAUACUGACAACACUUGAUUUUGAACUUGAAGUGGUCCAUCCAUAUACUUCACUUUCAUCUGCUUUGAGCAGACUAGGACUUUCACAUUCCGUUAUAUUUAACGUUGCCUUGAGUCUGAUUAAUGAAGGGCUUCGGAGUUCUCUUUGGCUUCAGUUCAAACCUCAUCAUAUUGCGGCUGGAGCUGCAUUCCUUGCUGGAAAAUUCCUCCGCUAUGACAUUACCUUUCACCAAAAUUUCUGGCAUGAGUUCAAAACGACACCGCAUACUGUUCAAGAUGUUGUCCAACAGUUGAAGGAGCUACUUUAGAAUCGUAGAUUCCAUAUGCUUGCUUUUUAUACCAACAUAUCCUUUUACAUGGUUUAGUGGCCACUUUUAUACAAAUAUGUAUACCUGGAUAUGGUGGCAACACGUCUUGAACUACUGGACAGCAUUGAUAGUUUGAAAAUAUACUCAAUUGUUUUUCAUUUUAUUUCUACGACUAAAGAGUGUUGCCAUGUUCAAAAAGGACAAAAGUUGUCAUGUCUGUUAUCAUUUCCCUUUUCUGUAAAGUAGUGUGCUAUAUGUGGACGUAUGCAAGUUUUCUUUUUGAGCGUGAUACA